ACCUUGUCCGGAAGAGGGAUUGUUUUCGUGUGAAACGGAAGUUAUAGAGCGCUCGCGCUGUAGACGGGGGGGAUUUCAAACCAGAAUCAACAAAAAUAAUUGGAGUUGCUAUUAGUGUGAGUUUCAACAGCGUGAAGCACCACAACAGUUACCAACACACCUCAAACAAUAAGUGUGGCUCACCAACGUUCACCGUGAAAAGCUGUUGAGCUCCAGGCAGAGAAACUGACAUCACGGAAGCACGCAGAGAAAGUGACGAGAAAAGCGGCACCGGACCCGCUUACUGGUAAACUGAUGCUGCCGCCACAACGGGUGUGACAACAUUGGAGCUGUCAGAGCCGUAGCUAUCUGGAUUAGUUCGUUGUUACAGUACUAGCACUAACGUCGUUAACUGCUGGCUGAUUGUGGUAGAUAUGUAAUUGUCUCUAUCCAGGAACUAUCAUCGAAGUCAUAGUGCUACCUCUACUAAGGCUAGUAGCCUACCUGUAAAUAUAUCAAAUUGUAUUGUUUCUGCUUAACAUACUUAGAAAGGUGUCUUUCUGCUUGUUUACUAAGUUAGUAACAAAGUUUAAAUUAAUUUCACUUUGGGUGUGUUUGACAGUCCAGAGUAUGAAUAACGGUUGAGCAAAACUAGGUUGCUGUUGCAGAUGUCUAAUUUAGUCAGAGGUACGAUUGCGUGAAAAGGUUGCUCUCAGCACUGCAGCUGAAAUGACAAAGCACAGUCGUUUUAUAUUAAUAUUUAUCUGUUUAACUUUGUUUAUAUUAUACUCCAUCCCUUGCCUCCACCCCUAGCCUCAUCCCCUAACCUCCAGCCUCACUCCCAGUCUCCACCCUCACUCUCCAACCCCAGCCUCACCCCCACCUCCAGCCUCACCCUCCACCCCCAGCUUCACCACAGCCUAACCCUAACCCCAGCCUCACCCCAACACCCAGCCUCACCCCCAGACUCCAGCCUUCCCCAGCAUGAGCACAGCUGCCCCCCAGCCGCCUACUCUGGGCUCCCCUCCUCAGCCCGCCCCUUUCACCAUAGUACCCACCUGCCCAGAGCUAGACCUGUCCCUCCCCCUCAUACCGGCCUCGCCCCCACCUUUCCCGGCCCCACCCCCACCCUGCCGAGCCUCACCCCCAUCCAGCCUGGUUACAGGAGCAGCCUGCCAGCAGGUACGCUGUAGGAGGGAGAUCACGGUGAUCGCAGAGCCUAGCAACAACACUCCACCCCAACAUUCCAACAGCCACCUUGAGGGCAAGCAUCACCAUGGUAACCCUCUCCCUGGGGUCCAGACAGCAGGAGCCAAGGAGAAGGCUCGUUCUGAGGAGAGGGGCCUGGUCCUGUCGGACGGGGCGGAGUUGAACUCCACUCUUGCUCUGAGGGCAGAGCUACAGGAGCUGGCGGGGGCACAGUUCAACUCCCAGAAGGCAGUGCAGCAACAGCUGAAGUCCUCCAGGACAAGAGACAGCAUCAGCAGCAGAGCUACCGAGGCGGUGAAUGUCCCGCCCUCCCAGCAGCUCUACAGGGCAUUGGUCAGCAUCAGCGUGGAGGAGGAGCUACUGAUCAACAACGCACUUCAUGAUAGGCUCCAGCUAGUCCUCCCUACACGUGUGAUUGGCUGCAAGAAGGAGGUGGGGCCAGAGUUGAGGGUGUUCGUGAGGGCGGAGCAGAGGAGAGAGAAGCCACUCCUACCAGGAUUGGACCAGGCUAUGCCAUGCCCACAACCGACCACAUGCCCCGCCCACUCAACCUUUGACCUCUACCACAGACAUGCCUGCUGGGGGGUAGGGCUCUGAGACGGGGGGAGGGGGAUGUACCGCUGUAUGGUUGGAUGUCGAUACAGUAACCUUUUUUUUUUACAACUGUACAUAUCCCUGAUCCCACACACCCCUAAAACGUUUUUACUUAUUUUCUGAAUAAAGAACCUGAAAUUUG